AUGAAGUUCUCUUCAACAUCCUUGCUUCUCAUCCUCCCCAUGAGCACUCAUGUACUUGGGCAGAAUUUUGCGGAUUUGUGCGACAAUAUCAGUCUCAUUGAACCAUAUACUCUCCAAGCAGACUGUUUAGACGGCGAUGGUACCCAUGUUCAAACCUCCACCAUCGAUCUUUAUGCAUGCCUCGGCAAUGCUAAUGGAAUGUUGAAAUGCCUGGCCAACGGCCACUUUGGAGAAAGCUGCAGAGACUGCGUCCUUCAGGAUGACACGAUAUUUGUAUGCCAAUGUCGUAACGGACACCAACAAGUUGCUAGGGCAUUUAUUGAUCUCAAUUCCUGCCUUAAUAAUGGCAAUGGAAAGCUUUAUUGCUAG